GGUGUCUCUUAGGAUCAGAGGGUCGCAUUUCUGUGCUGCAGCGAUCUUGACAGACCACUGGCUCUUGACUGCUGCUCAUUGCUUUGCAAGUGUAUCCAAGGACUUCCUGCACAAAAUUGAGGCUGUAGCAGGUGAUUUCAACCAAAGAGAAGUUGACAGAGGGGAGCAGAACUUCCAAGUAAAGACUGUAAAGUUCCAUGAAAAAUAUCAACACUCCUCUCCCAUGACUUACGACAUCGCUCUGCUUGAGAUCAAAGGACGCAUUCACUUUGGCAAGUCAUUCUGUGAGAUUACCACAACCUAUGCAUUUAUAGUUUUAGAAAGAUUUUUUAGAGAUAAACAUAAUGCGUGUGCUUUCUAGGGGGUUUUAUUAAGCCUGUUUGCCUGCCUUACCCUGGUGAGAGGUUUCCACCCAAGACCAUGUGUGUUGUUGGUGGAUGGGGUCGUAUUACUGAGAAAGGGCCACUUUCUUCAGUUCUUCAGGAGGUGCAACUGAACCUGUUAGAGCAAAGCAAGUGCAAACAUGUCCUACAAACACUUAGACCUGGACAGAAGAUCUUUACAGUCCUGUGUGCUGGCCCAGAGAAUGGAGGGAGAGAUGCCUGCCAAGGGGAUUCUGGGGGUCCCCUCCUCUGCCCGAGAGCAGAUGGAUGCUGGGUGGCUGUGGGAGUCACAUCAUGGGGUAAGGGUUGUGGUCGAAGCUGGAAUAACAACAAGAUCAAACCCUUAUCCAGAAGAGGCUCACCUGGAGUAUUCACUGAUGUCUUAUUGUUCCUGUCAUGGAUCAAGUCUAAUCUUAGAAAAGACAGGUCCCUGUGUGGUGUACCUGAUGGGGUUGUACCUGGAAGUGAAGGCAUCAUCAAAAAUCCAGGUCUCCCAGGUCAAAGCUACAACAACAAUGAGAUGUGUCUGUGGUCUCUUCGAGUUGCAGCUGGAGAACAUAUUCUACUGGAGUUCCUGGAGUUUGACCUGGAAAAUGAUACACAGUGCUACAGCGAUCAACUGACUGUUUAUGUGGAUGAAGACAGGCGAAUAGGUCGAUUCUGUGGUGGUCAUCCUCCACCUCCGGUUCUUAUUGGAGGUUCCCACAGUCUCACAGUGCAGUUUGUGUCUGAUGUAAGCAGCACAGGUGCAGGAUUUGCUAUCAAAUUCAGUGGUGUUGACAAGGACUACAGUUUUGGAGCUGAAUGUGGAACAGUGGUGCUAUUACAACCCAAGGGGGCUGUGUGGAGCCCCGCCUACCCGCAAGCCUACCGCAACAACACUCUUUGCCGCUGGGUCAUCUAUGCCCCAGAAGGCCACAUAGUCAAGCUUGACUUUGACGACUUUGACCUUGAGGAGUCAGAGAACUGCAAAUAUGAUUCACUCACAGUGUUUGGAGACAUUGAUGGCAAGGAUGAAAUAGUGGUUGUAUGUGGCGCGAGCAUCCCUCCAGCUGUUCUCAGCUAUGGUGGCAUAAUGCUUCUACAUUUUAGCACAGACAACACCAUCUCCGCCCGUGGUUUCAACACCUCCUUUUCUUUUAUCAGGGAAAAAGAUCUCAGAGAGACAGCGUUUGAAGAUCAGGAGGAGGAAGCAGCUGAUGACAACAGAGUUAUCUCACCACGUUUGUUGGCUGCUCCGUAUGGAAUGCCUGAUAUCUUUGCUACCUCUGGACUGGACGCCCCAAGGACAACAGAGGAUGAUGGGAAACUGUUGUGGCACGUGAGCAUUAGUUUGGGUGCAGGUUAUGAAUGCAGUGGGGCGAUCAUCCAGUUGCAAUGGAUCCUUACUGAUGCACACUGUGUCUAUAACCUGGAAGAACGAUAUUUGAGACUUUUAUCAGUGACAGCAGGAGGCUCAAAGAAACAGAUCCGUGAUGUGAUUGGAGUACUCGUACAUCCUCAUUACAGCCCAUUGUCUCUUGACUCCAAUGUGGCUUUGCUUAAACUGAGCUCUCCGUUAAAUCUCAGUGAAAGUACACAGCCUGUCUCUCUACCCUCUGCUGGACAGGAAACCCCACCCUCCCUCCAUUGCUGGGCUCCAGCGUGGACUAGCCAAAUAUCAGGACAUGGGCAGUACAGACCUGUGCGGCUAAAAAUAUCAGUGCUGGAACGAGCAGUGUGUGAACAAUGCCACAGAACUAGAUUGACACCUAAUAUUCUAUGUGCUGGACUGAGCAGUGGAGCAUCAUGCAUGACUCACUGGCCUGCUGGACCUCUCGUUUGUCUAACAAACACAUCUGGUGUUGUUCUGAUGGGAGUGAAGGAUCGGGGAGAACCGUGUGGUGGAAUCCAGAAGUGUGCGGUAUAUUCCUCAGUACCAGCCAUUAUGCACUGGAUCUCACAGCAUUUAGACAUGGAGUGAAAACCUCACAUAUUAACAACCAUUUAACAUGAAUUGUCAGCUGUGAGGUAUACAUUUAUUGUCUACUUACUAGCAUUUGUGAAAAGUAUAUUUUUUUGUAAAAUCUUUCUUCUUAAAGUAUUCUGAAACAUAUUUUUUUCCAAAUAUUAGUUUUUUCUUAAACCAAGAUCACCUCUGCUAACUUGAAUAAAGCAUUUUAAAUCUACUUUUAAAAAUGUCAGGCAUUUCUGUUCCUAAUGGCCUUCAUCUAACGUACUGUACUUGAGGAGUUUCCUUGACCAAUCCCGCUGAAUGCGCUGUCAUGCAGUGGGGUGAUCUC